CAGGAGGGCCCCGGAUGGUUCGCGGAUUGGAACCCAGAAGUGAAGUGCACGUUGGAUGUGGACUUGAUGCAUACAUUUAUCCACUCGGAGGCUGUGUUCUGCGUGCGCUUUUCGCAUGAUGGCAAGUACUUUGCUACCGGGCAUAGCACAUCGGUACGUAUCUACGACGUGGGGACAGCGCAUAGUGUUUUGGAACAUGACACAAAACAUGACACAACCCCUCCCAGUGCGUGCUUCAGCCCGGAUGACAAGUACCUCGUGACAUGUGGAUAUCACGAGAACAUCUUCCUCUGGAACAUUGCCGAGAAGAGCGUACGCAGUGUCUGCAGAAACUCUAAAGGGCCAUUUUUUUUGCUUGCGUUCUCCCCCAACGGGAAAUUCCUCGUGUCCGGCUCAAGGAGUGGGAUAGUCCAAAUAUGGGACGUGGAGGUUAAAUCCGACGGAUCGCUGAGUGAGUUCGCUGGCCCGUACCGUGUCUACUUGGACUGCAUCGCCAUAUCUCCGGACAGCCAACUCGUCGCCACCGGCUGCUCGGACGCCAUCCGCAUCUGGGACAUUAACACGGGACAGCUCGUUAAGCGCCUUCGAUACCCCUCUAAUCGGUACUGCCCCGUCGCAUUCACCCCGGAUGGGAAGGGGCUCGUCUCCGGUAGCUCGGACAGAACACUUAAGUACUGGGACAUCCGCAACGUGCCGAGGGGCGGACCGGAGAUGAGGGAGGCUCUGAUAGAUGACAACGAAGGUGAAGAAGAGGGAACCCGGUGCAAUAUGACCUUUCUGGGGCACACAGAUGUGGUGACUUCGGUAGCAGUGUCGCCGGACGGAGAGUGGAUCUUGUCUGGAUAUUUCAAUGAUACGGUAAAGCUUUGGGAUGCGAGAACAGCGACACUGCAGCUCACGUUGAGGGGACACAAUAGCGGCGGUAGGUUACAAUAUAUAGUAUCUUGGGAAGAUAGCUGA